ACACCAAGUUCCUACCAGACGGUGCUUUUGGUCAAAUAAAGCAGAAAUUGGUGAAAACCGAGGUUGACUGCAUCGACGAUCUUGCUGUUCUUGUGAACAACAGCAGUGCAAUGAACAUUCCACAAGUUGUUGCACAUGAAGAUGGCAGUGGGAUGUGCAUGAAGCAAUACCAGUGGAAUACCUUUAUCUCGUCAUUUUGCAAGACCCUGCCAGACAUUCAGAAGUACCAUCACUUCCGAUUUACUAAAGAUGAUCCUAAGUGCGUCUUCGUUAAGGAACAUGUUAAUGCAGUCGAAAAGCGGAUCGCGAUUCUGAAAAAGAAAGCAACUGUUCCACGCUUUCUCCCUCCAUUUGAAGCUCCACCUGGCCUUAGUGUGAAACGAAAGCACUAUUUAUAUAAGUACAUCAGACCGUAUGUAAGGCCAGAACAUCAGGACCUAGUCCCGAGCCAGAAGAGCCUCUACAGGAAGAUGUGCUAGGUCUAC